AUGCUUUUAGGGCUUGCCCACGCCAUCCGCCUGCUCCUGGAGUACACGGAGACGCCCUACGAGGACAAGCUCUAUAGCUGUGGGGAAGCUCCUGACUAUGACAAGAGCCAAUGGAUCAAUGAGAAGGAGAAGCUGGGCCUUGACUUCCCCAAUCUCCCAUAUUUCAUUGAUGGCCCCACCAAGCUGACGCAGAGCAACGCCAUCCUGCGCUACAUCGCCCGCAAGCACAAGAUGUGUUGUGAAACAGAGGAAGAGAUCCUCCGUGUGGACAUGCUUGAGAACCAGAUCAUGGAUUUCCUCAUGGGGGUCUCCCCCUGUCUUUGGGGGGCAUGGGAACCCCUAGCCUCUGCCUGGACUAUAUGA